AUGCCACCUCUGAGCCGCAGCCCCUGCAUUCCGCUCCAGCAUGCCGUGUGGUCGCGCGCCCGCGCGGCAACCUGCAAGUUCUCGGCGCUGAACAAGGCGUUGGCGCACGCCCUGUACCGUGCCAAUUUCAUCGCCUGGGCCACGUCGUCCGGGCCCCGCGCGCCGGACCCGUCCAUCGUGAAGUCGUUCACGCCUGAGGAGCUGUUGGACAUGAACCUGUCGUUCAGGGGGAACCCGCUGAAGAAGCAGCUGUGGAUGGGCCUGCGCUAUGCGGAUCAUGAUGCGCUUCACCCCCGCGUGCCGGCCAUCGGCAAGAUCCUGGGCGUCAACAAGGCGCCGCGCAUCGGACCGUCAGAACUGGAGCGCCUGCUUGGAGGGGAGAAGGUGACGCUGGAAGGCCGGGAGUUUAGUGAGCUGAACAAUGGGCAGGCAUUGUUCUUGCGGACGGGCACAGCGGAGGUGAUGGAGAGUCGGGAGGCACUAGAGAAGGGGGCGACAGGCGAAUUGAUAUGUCGCGUCUGGCCGUUUAGGGAAAAGAGAGACGCGAAGAAGGGCGAAGAGAUAUCCGCAGCGCGAGAAAGGGAAGUGGAAGAUGGAGUUGACUCGAAUUCGGCCGCCAGCGAGGCCAGGAGUUAG